AUGGCAAGAAACGGAACGUCUCUGUACCAAGCGUACAACCCGUAUGACUCCAGGAACAUUGUCCCAAGUUAUCCCGGAGGCAGCAGCUCAGGGCAACCACAAUCCAGCGAAUCAGUUAAUUCGCCAGUUGUUCCUGAGGGGGGAAGACAGUCCUUCUCGAGACAUUCGACUUCACCCGGCGGCGCGAACAGCAGUGUGCCUAACUCCCAGUCCAACGGUGGCGUUCCUACAAACGGUUUCAGUGGCUUGCGCCCUAUGGCAAACCGCCCAUCCGAAUUGAACAUCAGAUACCCUGGUAGCAGAUAUACUCAGUCGGGACGGACCACAAGUAGCUUUAUGGGAAUCGCAUCGGGCGACCCCUACAGUUCGUAUUCUCGAUAUGGGCAAGGUAGCCAAAUGGCAAAUCAGCCUGCUGGCGAUGUUCCGGAAAGUAGCUCCACUAGCAGUACCAGUGAGGAGGAGCCGCAACCAGCUGAAACUGAAGACGAAUCUGCUGAGGCGGAAACCUCAGGCAGAUUAGGGGAGAGAAGAGUAAUGAAUCCUUACGACUUAUCACACAUUUUUCCAGAUAUCUACCAGGAUCAACAACCAGCUUCUUAUGAGAAUAUGACUAACCAAAGUCUUGCCCUGUUGGAAAUGACCACCAUCAACUCUGACCCUGAAGGGGAGUAG